UGACGCAAACAGCCUGCCAAACCGAGAGCGAGCGCGAUAAUAACUCCGUCCGCGUGAGUCCUGUAACAGUGUGCUGGCGGUACUGAGGUGUGUGCAGCUGUGUGCAGCUGUGCUAGUGGCGCUGAGCUGCGACAUGGCGGCGUUUACGCGCCUGUAAUCUGCUGUCAGGACUCGCUCCUUUCACUUCCGGGAUGAGGGACGGACGGUGCUUUGGUGUGGAUUUUGUUGCACCAUGAGAAGGAAACUGGAAGAUUCCCUUUCCGCUGUAAAUCAAAGCUCUCGGCUGGCGGCGUUGCAUCACACGAGCUGAUCUCUAAUCGACUCUGGUAAUUGGUUAAUAUUUUCGCACCACUCGCGCUCGCUCUCUCUGUCUGUGUCUCUCUCUCUCUCUCUCUCCCCCUCCCUGUCUCUCUGACGAUGUCGGGGGCGGACCUAGUGUCCCGUGUGAGCUCUGUGUUCCGCAGGGAGCGAACAGCCUGGGAGCUGAGUGACUCGGCCCCCUUCGAUUUCUCUGAAGACCUUGCCGAGGACGAGCCGCCCAGGUUCACCAAGCUGAAGGUGGUGGUGUCGGCCGAGAUGGACGAGUACAACGGGUCGUCGCCGAACGGCGCCGCCAUCAGCACCUUCCUCAGGACCAGAGAGGACGACGAUGACGAAUUGCUGCUGGGCUCCACCUCCGAGCUGGAGACGGAGCCAUGCGAGAACUGUGUGAAGAGGAAGGAGGACGUCAAACGGCGCAAAGUGAUGAAGAAGCUGGUGAUCGCCGCUGUGCUUUAUUUCCUGUUCAUGAUCGGAGAGCUCGUAGGUGGCUACAUUGCGAACAGUUUGGCCAUCAUGACUGACGCUCUGCACAUGCUCACUGACCUGGUGGGGAUUGUUGUGUCGCUGCUGGCUCUGUGGCUCUCAGCAAAACCACCAACACGCACCUUCAGCUUCGGCCUGCACAGACUGGAGGUGAUCGCUGCAGCAAUCAGUGUUUUGUUGAUCUACAUCCUGACUGGCGUGCUGUUGAACGAAGCGGUGGAGAGAACAAUCCAGCCCGACUUCACCAUCAAUGGAGAUGUCAUGCUCAUCACCGCUGCUGUGGGCGUGGCCGUCAACCUCCUAAUGGGUGUUCUCCUCAACCAGUCAGGUCACCUCCACUCCCACUCUUCUGGCCACACCCAGAGGAGGGAUCAAGGACGGGGGCGGAGUCAACAGUCUCAUGGCAGCUUAGCAGUGCGUGCAGCGUUUGUCCAUGCGCUGGGGGAUCUGGUACAGAGUGUCGGGGUUCUCGUCGCUGCAUACAUCAUCAGGUUUAAGCCAGAGUAUAAGCUGGCUGAUCCUGUGUGUACAUACAUAUUUUCCGUGCUGGUGCUGGUCACAACGGUGCGCAUCAUCCGAGACACUGGGCUCAUCCUGCUGGAGGGCGUUCCCAGACACCUGAAUGUGAGUGUGAUGAGGGAAGAGCUGUUAAAGCUGGAUGGUGUGGAGUCUGUGGAGGAUCUGAAGGUCUGGGCUUUAACUGCUGAUCGCACUGUGGCUCUCGCACACCUUCAGCUCGCGCCAGGCAGCGUGGGUAACUGGGAGGAAGUGCAGUCUAAAGCUCGUCACCUGUUGAUGAUGUCACACGGCGUGUCGCACUGCACAGUGCAGCUGCAGAGCAACACACAGCUCGGCACACAGUCCUGCUCCAGCUGUGUGUUAACCAGUGCCUGAAACACACACACACACACACACACACACACACAGGGCAUCUCCUCCCUCAACAGGUUGCUAUGCAACAGUGAAAAGCACCAAAGUCUGAGCGAGUGUGUUUUCAGUUUUAGUGAAUCAGUCAGAGGCUGUUUUCAUUCAUGAAACAGUUUUAUUAUUAUUUUCUUCUUUUCACCUUCACACACACACACACACACACACACACACGCACGCACGCGCACACACACCAGUAAAUAAACAUCUGAUAAAUAAAGCCGAACUCCACUGCGAGCCUGAACAUUUUUAUUGGCGUUCAGUUCCUGAGAGCGCGCCACGCUGUCUUGCUGUUCGGUGUGGAUAACUCCAUCCUGAGUCAGUGUUCAUCCUGGAUUAGAGUUUCAGCAGAUCAUCUUUAACUCAAAGCUAAUCUGACUAGAGCUUGGUUACGUUUUUUUUUUUUUUAAAUGUAAUUUAAUAAUCUUUAUGUUUAACUCAAACGUCUGAAAAGAAGUUGAAUGUAUUUGAAAGUGCAGAGUGUUUUAUAAAUUCCUUUCCAGUGUCAGCCUUUAAUUGAUGAAUGAUCUCUGACGAUGCAGAGUUUGAAGUGUUUAAUCCGUGUUUGUGUUCCUCACACUCUGUUCAUGUGUUUAUUUCUAAGUGGCGAUGCAGUGUGUGCCUUUACACUAACAGCCCUGUACGUUAUACCGCUGGGCUCUGAGCAUCACAGCCUUGUAUUUUACUGUCUUUAUUUUAAUUUUUUCAGAUAGAAAUAGUUUUGUUUUGUGAUCGUUGUAUAUCACCCAAAAAACACAAUCUAUGCCGAUAAAUGUUUUUGCUUUAAAACUUAUCAUUGAUUUUUUUUUUUUUAAAUGAUUUUUGUUGCCUGAUGUUCUGCACAUUCCAGUAACUUGACCAGCAGUUACUCCUCUCUGUCUGCAGUAUUUACAUUACAGUUAAACUCCGGCCUGUGGGAGUCGAUCAGAGCGCUCCCAAAAUAAAGCUCUUUUAAAAUCCUG